UCCAAGCAAGCCCAUCCUUUCUCCCAUCCAUCGGCGGUCUCCCUCCCUCUCUCCUGCCAUAAUAUCAUCGUGGCCUCUCCCUCCCGCUCCCUCCAUCCUCUCUGAUUGCCCCCGCGCUCGCCAUGGAGGCCGCCGCGUCCACGCUGCUCCUCUCCGCCGACGCGUCCCUCGCCGCCGGCCGCCGCCUCCUCCUCGUCCCUUCUCGGCCCGCGCGCGCGGCACGGCGGGGCGCCGCGCCCAGCAGGUGCCGGCGGGCGUCCGUCCGCGCGUACGCCGCGGCGGCCGCGCCAGCGCCGGCGCCGGCCUCUGGAAACGGCCUCGUCGGGAAUAACAACGGAGUGUACACUGUUGGAGACUUCAUGACGAAAAGGGAGGAUCUCCAUGUCGUCAAAGCGUCAACCCCGGUUGAUGAAGCGCUCGAGAUGCUGGUGCAGAACAGGAUCUCUGGUUUCCCUGUUAUCGAUGACGACUGGAAGUUGGUUGGCGUUGUCUCAGAUUAUGAUCUAUUAGCUUUGGACUCAAUGGCAGGAUGUGGACUGGCUGAUACAAAUUCAAGUAUGUUCCCUGAAGUAGAUAGCACUUGGAAGACAUUUCGCGAGAUCCAGAGACUCUUGAGCAAAACCAGUGGCAAAGUUAUCGGUGAUGUUAUGACUCCCUCACCUCUUGUGGUGCGUGAAACUACUAACCUCGACGCUGCUGCAAGGUUGCUGCUUGAAACCAAAUACCACAGAUUGCCUGUUGUUGAUAGCACGGGAAAUUUGGUUGGGAUGAUCACAAGGGGGAAUGUCGUCAGAGCUGCUCUCAAAAUAAAGAAGAAAGCUGAAGGUGCUUAAAUUAGAUGGUUCUUUAUAUGGACACCACUGGGGUUGAACCUGCGGCAAUUCGGCAAUUCAGCUGAAUUGAAAUAUUGACUGGUAGCGCAGAAGCAGAUUUUCCCUGGAGCAUAGAUGGAUAUAAUGUUGUUUACAAUGUAAUAUAAGUAGUGUACUGUUGCAGAGAAAUGGAAUAUAGGUAUUACAUGAGGACAAUUACAAUUCAUUUGAGGUCAGCAUACUCAGCUGUCGCGCCAUAUUAGGUAGUAGUAGCAUGGCAUAUGGAGGUUAAUAUUGUUUUCUUGAUGACUUGUACGAGCCUUGAGCAUAUUAAAAUGGUUUAUAUAGUGCAUUCAACGCUUUGUGACA